AACGCGUUUGACGUCAGCCUGCGGGACUGUCAAUUGAAAAGAUGCGCACAGUCAUAGAGCCAGUGAUUACUGUUAAACGUCAAGCACGACGACAAAAAGACAAAAGACACCCCAGACAAGGUCUGAGUAAGUCUGGUUUUGGCAAUGCUCUCAAUAUCACGAAAAAAAAAAACCAGACAAAAGGAGGCGAUAAGGCGAACGAAAUACCAUUUAUACACUCGAGACAUAACUGAGGGCACAGGUUUAGCGGUGAUGCUUCACGAGUCCAGCCGGCUCCCCGUCACGACACAAAAGAAAAACGGAUUGGGACGACUAGAAAUUAACCCCGUGUGGACUUAUGAUAAUCCUUUCACUUCCCAUUCCCACCUAAACCUCAGCAUGGUCUGCAUAAGUUCUGCUGUCCUUCAUUUUCCACACUGAAGUUUUCAAUCAUGAACAGGAGCAGACCAAACCACCUGGAGGAAAACUUUUCACUUCCAAACCGCUCCCCCAUCUUUAACAGCAGCAGGCACGAGUUUCCACCUUUCAUGGAUGAGCCGUGUAAGAGCUCAACAGGACUCACUUUUGCUCUGGUGGUUCUGUAUUGCAUGGUCACCAUUGUGGGGCUGGUUGGCAACAUCUGCCUGAUCUGUGUGAUUGUCAAGCAGAAAGAAAAGGCAAACGUCACCAAUAUCUUGAUUGCCAACCUCUCCUUCUCUGACAUCAUGGUCUGCGCCUUCUGCCUGCCUUUCACUGUGGUUUACACACUAAUGGAUUAUUGGAUCUUUGGAGAUGUUUUAUGCAAAAUGAUGCCUUUUAUCCAGUGCAUGUCAGUGACGGUCUCCAUCCUGUCCCUGGUCUUGAUUGCUCUUGAGAGACACCAGCUGAUCAUCAACCCUGCAGGCUGGAAGCCCACAGUGCCACAAGCGUACUUCGCCGUGGUCCUCAUUUGGAUGCUUGCUUGUUUCAUCUCGCUGCCGUUCUUGGCAUUCCACAUUUUGACCGACGAGCCCUAUAAGAAGUUGAGUCCCUUCAUGGCGUCCCUAGCAGACAAGGCAGUCUGCACAGAGAACUGGCCCUCUCACAAACACAAGCUGAUCUACACCACGUCUCUUCUCAUCUUCCAGUACUGCGCCCCUCUCAUUUUUAUUCUUGUCUGUUACCUGAGGGUCUACUUCCGCUUGCAGAAAAGGAAGGACAUGCUGGACCGGACGUGCGAGGAGAACCGAAGGAUGACUCACAGCAAGAGGAUCAACGUCAUGCUGGUUUCACUGGUCACUGCCUUUGCUGUCUGCUGGCUGCCACUGAACACAUUUAAUGCAGUUGCCGACUGGAAUUAUGAGGCUGUGAUGUACUGUCACCAUGACCUUGUCUUUUCCUUGUGCCACCUGAUGGCCAUGGUGUCCACCUGUGUUAAUCCAAUCAUUUAUGGCUUUUUGAACAACAACUUUAAAAAGGAGGUGAAAUCUGUGGUGUUUCACUGCAAAUGCCACCCACUGGAGGAGGAUUAUGAGCAUUUUCCUCUUUCCACUAUGCACACGGAAAUAUCAAAGACAUCGCUGCGACUGAGCUGCAGGAACAACUCUGUAUAGCCAAGUGUCCAUCUGUGCCAAAGUCUGAAUGUCCAUUUAGGGAAAUCAGGGAGUGGUGGCUCCUUAGGUUUCCUGGCUGCAGUUACUGUAACUUGUCGUGAUGGAUGAUUGUAUGCCGACAUGCACUUUAAUGGAGGAUGUAAACUACACUGCACAUAGCUCCUCUUAAACUUUAUCAUAAUCAACUAGUCAUUCCAUUUUCUGCACCACCUUUAUCCAAGACAUGGUACAACACAAAAUAUGAAUCCAUAUCUACAUAAGGUUACAAAUGAAGGUCUUGUUGGUAUUGAUCGCAUAACCUUGAGUGAAUGUUGGGAAUGCUGCAAAUGUGAAACUGUUCUUCUUAAAGAACCGUUAGGCACACCACUUCAGUUUAGAAUACACAUAAACUUAAUCUGAGUUACCCCAUGUAAAAUCUCAAAGUUCCGGUCAGACUAUACGGUGCCAUAUAUUUGCUCACACUGAACAUGGCUAUCAAAGGAGGUUGCAAGCAAGAAAUGAAAGGCACAUAAAAGAUUGAGAACACUGAAAGCUUGUAAAUGGGGUUUGCGCACUGAGGACAUUUUUGAAAUGCUCACCAACUGGGUCUGGAUGCAAAUUUUAAACAUCCAUAGAGAAGGUGGAUCACUCCUCCACUUUCUUCCUAUCUCCUUAUUUUUGUCCACCCUCAUCCUGUCACUGACAGAGCCCAAUCCUGCUAUGAACCAUUCGCCAAAGAGGUGUUUGUAAUUGGAUGAAACUGUUUUAUUUCUUUAGGCCUGGUUGCAACCGUGGCCAUUGAUGGAGCAAUUAGGCGCAGUCAGCCCUGUUCCUAUCAUCUGUACCUACUGUGAACCAGUCACUAACCACCUUCUCGCACCUUGCUGCCGCUUCUUUUAUUUCCCAUGUUUGUUAGCUGCAAAGCAGUAGGAGAGAACCCUUGUGGUGCUGCCACCUAAUGAUUUCAUCUAAUAUAGCAUCCACAAAACCUUAACUCUGAUGUCAAAAUAAUGUAAAGAAGUAAAACGAGCAAAUUGUACAGAAGAGUACAUGCUAUUAAAAGAUCAUUAGGGACAAAUAAAACAAAUAAAUAAAACCUUAAACUGCACACGCAUUCCAUGCCUAUCCACCUGGCAAGGAUGAAUGAUCCAUUUGUCCACCUGCAGUGUCUUAUUGCCUCUCAUAUCGCCCUACUUCUCAAUAUUUGCCUUUCUUUACCCAAACCUCUGGCUUCUCGUUCUUGUGUCAGUCAAGCUCCUUCCUCCCAAUGCAGGGUCAGCACUAGAAUGAUUGGUAGGGGCUUCGAAGCAACAACCAAGAGACAUCUUGGCAUUGAUCUCAUGAAUGCUAUCUGGAACCAUGAGACCAAACUCUCAAUAAAAGAGCCAUUGAACCCCCCAGGUAGAGAGUCUGUGACGUUUGGUACCAAGAAACCAUGUUUAAACCAAUGGAUGUCUUGGCUGCUACCUACUGGACGGGGGUUUUGUUUUUAUGGUUUCCACUGUCCUUCCUCUACUCCUAUAACCCUAUUCUUAGUCCUUAUGGAGCACCCUGCUUAAUUAUGGGACUUAGCACUUGUUGACAGUGAACGACCAAUUACAUUGGUAUGAGGUAGUAUAGAUACAUUCAAUAAGUCACCAAGCUGUGUAGUAGACAGUAGAACUUUAGGGACCUUCAAAACUUUACUUGAUGUUAUUUUAGAUGAAUUAAGUGGACAGGUUAGGCAAGCUUUGUUGAGCUGAAUGGCCUGUUCUUGCCAAAAUAUAUGUAAUGCUCUAUUAAGAUGUCAGUAGCAGUGCAGUCUCAACCUGGUGUUUUUAUGGCCUAGUAGCCAUCCUGAUUGUGCCCUGUAGUCCCUCUCUUGAUCCAGCCCUCCAUUACAGUUAAUUUUCCUUAGUUUAUAAAAUUUAGCAAGGUGUUUUGUUCUUUCUUCUCUUGAAACUGAAUAAUUUUGAAAGAUUUUGCUUUCUUAUUUCUUUUACAGUCCUAUCAUUGUAGCAGCCACUGGUUGACAAGCACAUGAUGUGAUACAGAACAUAUUUAGGGAAAUUACCAUUGACUUUUAAAUGUGAUUUAUAAAGCAAAGGAUUUAAAAGCAACAUCAGGACGGAGGUUACGAAAUAUUGUCAUAGUACAGACCGCCAUGUCCUUCAGCUCCUCAUCCAAAAGUGCCUGUGCUCUCUCCACCCCAGAGAAAACUAACACAUCUCCAGCCUGCCAGGAAAAGGCAACCAACAAACAGAUCACAUUUGAAAUUGGUGAAUUAUUCAAAAUAACACAAUAAUUUAUAUCUGUAAUAUGCAUCAUUUUAUUACUAAUAAAUAAAGCUAAUUAUCUAUAGUUUCUUGUGUAUAUCUAAUACAAAUUUAACAAUUAAUUUUCUUGUUAACAGAUUGUUCCCAUAAUUAUUUUUAAAUGACUAACAUGAAAAAACAAACUCAGAGCGGGAAAUUCUUUAUUGUCAUACUAAAAGGUAACCAUCUAGCCAUUUUUAGGAUUACAGAGGACAGUGCCCAGCUCAGUAGCAUUGGGUGCAAGGCAGGGACCCACCUGGCAUGGGCAUUCAGGUGCACAAACUGUAAUGUUCUAUCUACUGUACAUAAAGUAGAAUAAGUUCACAUACCCUUUUUAAUGUCCAAUUUCUUCAAAACAAAAAAAAUAAAAAAACAAAUACAAAUAAAUAAAUAAAUUCUUGCCAGUCUUCCCAGACUGAGAGUUUAGUAAGCUUCUCAGGAUGGUCAUCCCUCUGUGGAGGAUCACCCAACAAUGACUGCGGACUUCUAACUGUGGGCUUAAAUGAGAUUUGAGACUGGAAGAGGCGGGGCUUGUCAAGGCAGGCUGGGAGUGAUGUCACUGGUCAUCUGGGAUUUUAUCCUCCAUUCUAAGGCCUCAAAUGUGCACCACCACCACCACCAUUGCCUUUUGUGAGUAGGUCCAUGAGAAGUUUAGAACUUCAUCAAAAAUCUUGGCUUCAUAUGUGAACUUCUACUGAGAAGCCUUGGCCACUUUGAAUUAUACCAUUUAUAUGUGCAAGGCAAUGUGAAUAAAUUACCCACGACACUUUACCAUGUCUUAUAGUAUUUGAAAAUGAAGUCUUAAACUAUUUAUUUAAGUGUGUAUUGUUGCUAUUGACCAUCUUAAAAAACAUCAGAGUGAAACUGAAAAUCUGCAUUUGCUCUUGAUUUAUAAAUGCUAAACAGAAAAUGACUGGAUUACAAAGGUAUUGAGUUCCCUGGAUUAUCUCUUAAUCUUUUCUGUGAGAUUUGCAUUGUGGGACACUAACAAUUUUGAUGACAUUUUUUUGGAACAUUGUUGAAAUUGAAUGAGAAAAUAAGGUAACCAUCAUCUAAGGACAAAUUUAAAAAAAAAUGAAUAUUUGGGACUGAAAUGUCAUUGCUGGUUUACAGAAAGGACCAUUUUGAGUAUUGCCUGCAUUUUUUUUUACAGUAUUACUGUCAAUAGACGCUUGUGGAAUAUGUGCUGUAAUUUGUAGACUUUUCAAACAAUGUAGAACAUUGAAUUCCAUGUUUUUAUGUGCCUGCAAAGCUGACCAGUUUUAAACAGUAAUGUUUUGCUCUCUGGGUCUAGUGUUUUUAAAUAAAGCAGA